AUGAAUUUCUUUGGCCUCAUGUUUCAGUCAAUACACUACAAAACACGGUCGCUACUUUCGUCAUUAAAAUUAAAUACAAUGUCGAAACACAGUAAAACACGAGUAAAUUCUUUGCUUAUUGUCGACGUACAAAAUGACUUUAUAACGGGAACGUUAUCAUUAAGAAAUUGCCCAUCGAAGCAUUGUGGAGAAGAUGUCAUACCAACUAUAAAUCAUUUAUUAGCCACAAUUAAAUUUGAUGUUAUUGUUUAUACUCAAGAUUGGCAUCCGAGAACACAUAUAUCUUUUUACGAGUGUAUAAAUUUACGCAAGCAUUUAAUAGCAGAUGGAAGUAAAAUAGAUGCAUCAAAUGCAAAAUUAUAUGAUUACAUAAAAUUUGCUGAUGUUGAGCAAAUUUUAUGGCCGGCACAUUGUAUUCAAAAUACAACGGGCGCAGAAUUACACAAAGACCUUCAUAUAAUCGAUAAUAAAACACCAUCAAAUCAUAUUAAUAAAAAUACACCCGUUAUCCGUUUACAUAAAGGAACAGAUCCUGAUAUAGAUAGCUAUUCAGCAUUUUGGGAUAAUCAAAAAAUAAGUAAAACAACAUUGGAUUCACAGUUAAAAAAAUUAAAUGUAACUGAUAUUUAUAUUGCUGGUAUAGCUACCGAUGUUUGUGUUUAUUCUACCGCAUUACAUGCGGCAGAGUUGAACUAUUGUACGUAUGUAAUCGAAGAUGCCUGUCGGGGCGUUGAUGAAAAUGCAAUUACAGAAAAAUUAAAAGAUUUAGAAGAACAUAAUUGUCAAAUUAUCAAAUCAAAUAAAGUAAAAGCUGUAAUUGAAGGAACUCAAGAUCAAAGAGAAUAUAAACAAUAA